UCGGACUUCAACAUGGCCCACUCACGCACUGGUUGUUAAUUAACUAUCCUGGCUGCCGUUGGAAUCUCACCCAGCGGGUCAGGCGGGAGCUGGAAGACCAGGAGAGCUACAGGAGCACCACUUCUCACCGGACACGGCAGCGGUAACACAGCUAGUCUGCUGCCAAAAUGUUAUCCGAAGGAGGCUCUUUCAUGAAGGGGAUGGUCCUGGGAGGCCUUUUCUGCUUGGUGCUGUCUCUCCUGGGUAGUUUCAGCCCCGGCACGGAGUCUAUGACCGAGGAUCAUCACCACCAUCACCACGUCAAGGCCCCGAGUAAAGAUGAGCUCCAACGCCUCCCCGACGCCCGGGUGCAAGAGUUGAGCAAUCAAGUCCAGGUCUCUUGCAUCAUCAUGGUCCAGCCCAAGAUCCUUGUUUAUUGGGCGACAGCUGUCGACACCUGGAGCAAACACUGUGAUAAGGCUGUGUUUUACACCUCCGAGUCCUCGAAGGCGCUCGAUGCAGUAGACCUGAAUGAGAAAGACGACUGGGCGAGGUUACGCAAAGCUCUGAAACAUGCGUAUGAGAACGCUGGAGACGUGCGCUGGUUCUUUGUGGCGCAACCCACCACGUUCGCCAUCAUAGAGAACCUCAAAUACCUGGUGCUCACAAAGGACCCCACCGAGCCCUUCUACCUGGGCAACGCGAUGAAGUCGGGGGAGCUCGAGUAUGUGGCGUACGACAGCGGCAUUGUCCUGAGCUACGAGGCGCUGAAGAGGCUGGUGCACGUGUUCCAGGACGAAGACAAGUGUCCCGAAAGAGGACGUGCCCUGUGGAAGCUGGGCGAGGACAAGCAGCUGGCCGUGUGCCUCAAAUACACGGGCGUCUUCGCAGAGAACGGAGAGGACGCACACGGAAAGGGCCUGUUCAACAGCAAGAGCGUGGACAGCCUCAUAUCGGACAGCAUGAGGGACAACCCCACCAACGUGGUGGAGGGCUGCUGCUCCGACAUGGCAGUCACCUUCAACGGGAUGUCGCCCAAUCAGAUGCAGGUCAUGAUGUUCGGAGUUUACAGGCUUCGUCCUUACGGCCACGAUUUUCACGACUCGUUAGUGUUUCACCCUCCCGAAGGUUCAGAUAACGACUAGACUCAUUCCUUCGAGCCGAGUAUUGGCAUUUUAAACGUUUUGCUUCUGUGAUGGCAAACCUAACUUCGGGGAGAUGGUUUUCUUAUGCUGUUUGUAAAACUGGAUCCUGGGUGGGAGUAACACUUUUAUGUAAUUUGUACAUUUUGCACUCGGCACAAUCAGCACCCCGUUCCUUUGUGGCGCAGGUUAAGUUAUAUGGAAGUAUUGUUUACUGUAAUAUUAUGUAUCUUAAAUGUUUGUCUUUGUGUUCUUAAAGCUGUAUUCAAGUUAUUAGGUGAUGCUAUUUUCUGAAAAUGACGAGUUUCUGAAAUUAUUUAAUUAUUAACAUUAUAAAGAACUUCUUUUUUAUGUCUGAGAAUACAUCACCCAACUGAUUUACAGAUCGUAUGGACGUACCAAUAAUCAAUAUUGAGUCAAACACAUCGCGGCCCAGCUCUAAAUGAAGUGCAUUUCUUGUCACACUAUGCUCGGUUAUCUCUUCAUGUGGAAUUGGCCUUUACAGCGAAAUGGAAAAAUAAUAUACCUCAGUGUUGACUUCACACAUUAAAAGUGAAUUUUGGAUAAUAAAAAUUAAACUGAUUAAACUUA